AUGCUACACGACGAGCCUUUAUCUUGCGGGCAUAUCCGCAUUUCCGGGGCUUCCGAACUCCGCACACCCAUGAUCAACGAUGAUAGGAAUCACCGUAAAGCCUGUCCAUCCCCUUCGCGAGAGACCAGGGUGUGCGACGCUCAUACAUCAGCGUUGGAGGCACUGAACGGCUUGUCAUACCAAAAACAUGAAGUAUCCGGCUCCCGGAGUCCCGACGAGAAGGGUCGUCGUCGGCGUGCUGGUAACGUCCCGACCGACAACUUGGGUUGGAAAGAGAGGAUCCGUCACUUUACAUGGGCCUUCUUCACGUUGACGAUGGCCACGGGGGGGAUUGCAAAUGUGCUCUAUUCUGUUCCUUAUAGGUUCCGCGGCUUAGAGACCAUUGGCAUUAUAUUCUUUCUUGUGAACUUGGUUCUCUAUGUUGUGAUUUGGUGUCUUCUGCUCACGCGAUUCUACCUAUAUCCCUAUACGUUUAAAGCAUCAUUCCUACAUCCGACGGAGUCUUUGUUUGUGCCUGCGUCAUUGGUCUCAUUUGGAACCAUACUGGUCAACAUCUCGCAGUACGGACCGGACCAUGCCGGCCCUUGGCUGACGACUGCAGUGGGCAUCCUGUUCUGGAUUGACGCCGCCCUUGCCGUCAUCUCUUCUGCGGGGAUAUAUCUGCUCUUAUGGUCCACACAAACGUUCACGAUUGCCCAGAUGACGCCUAUCUGGAUAUUUCCGGCGUAUCCUCUGCUGAUCAUCGGCCCCCAUGCAGGCAUUCUAAGCUCCUCGCUCGAGCCUGUCCGUGCUCUACGGAUCAUCAUCGGUGGAAUCACGAUUCAGGGCGUGGGCUUUCUGGUCUCGUUGAUGGUGUACUCUGCUUUCAUUUAUCGCUUGAUGUCGCAGAAGUUACCCCGAGAGAAUCUUCGGCCGGGAAUGUUUGUCUCCGUGGGUCCCAGUGCAUUCACGGUAUCAGGCAUCGUCAAUAUGGCAUCCAACGCGAAACGGUGCUUCCCAAGUGAUUUUAUGGGGAAUGGUGCCUUGGCGGCGGAGGUUGUGAAAGUGGUGGCAAAUUUCUCCUGCUUGUGGCUCUGGGGACUAGCCCUUUUCUUCUUCUUUAUUGCCACCUUCGCGCAUUGGUCCGUGGUCGGGCCGGGGAAGAUGGUCUUUUCCAUGGGUUGGUAUUCAUUUGUUUUCCCCAAUACAGCCUUGGUGACUGCGACCUUCGCUAUUGGCAAAGCCUUCUCAUGCAAGGCAAUUAAUAUCGUUGGCUGUGCUAUGGUGUUUCCGCUAAUUCUGACAUGGAUCUUUGUGACCUGCAUGAUGGUUCGCGCGAUUGUCAUACGCCAAAUCCUAUGGCCCCAGAAAGGCGAGGAUAAGGAUGAGGGUGGAUUUGACGUGAACCGAGUCAGGUCAGGGUUAGCAAGUGCAUUUACUACGUUCAACACAAACUGCACGCUCCCAGCGGACCAUGAAAGGGUCAAUUACGUCUCCUCGCCAAACAUCCGCGGCACUCUGAGCAUCGUUUGGUCCUACCUCUUCACAAUCAUCGCCUGCACAUGGACAGUUCAGCACCCGGAUGUCCCUUGGCAACGAAAGCACUACGACGAUGGCAAGCUAGGGUGGUGGAAAUGGAAAUUAGGAAAUGCGAAACACUCGACUGCAUGGUUUUUGGGGACGAUUAUUGCACCGGAAAUCAUUCUUGUCAAACAUCUGGCUGAUCUUUUGGAAGCGCGGAAACUUGCCAAGGAUUUCAACAAAUACAAGGGUGAAGGAGGGAUUGUAUGGACGCAAACCCACUUGCUAUUUGCUAUCAUGGGUGGUUUCGUGAUGAGAACGAACGUGCCAAAGGAAAAGAUCUCGCAUCGAGAAGGCCUCUCAAGCCAGCCUAAGAAAGCAGGUGCUUCCUCGCCACCCUCAGAAAACCCCGAAAAUUCUGCCCCAAAUGGCGAUACCAUUGUCGUAGAAGCUGGGCUCCUAGAAAGCGAUAUCGACAAGCCUCCCCUCGCCAAGGAAAUAGAGGACAAGUCCAAGUCGGACAACUUGAUGCGACUGAUCGCGGUCUUCCAGAUCCUGUGGCUUUGUAUUCAGGUCAUUGCUCGUGCAGUGGGGGAUUUGGCAGUAUCCCAACUUGAGAUCGCGACCGUCGCAUUUUCUCUCUGUGCAGUCAUCAUGUACGGACUCUCCUGGAACAAGCCAAAAGCAGUUCAAACUCCAAUUACCAUCCUACAAGUUCCAGACGAUGGGAGGGGGCUUGGACUUGGCAGUAUUCUAGAACCAGAAAGAACGCCCGGAAAGGAUUAUGAUUCUUCCAGUGAGAACUCCCAUCAGAAAACCCCAUCCUGGGCGGGUGACUUCUGGGAAAAAAUGGAAAGGCACUGGAGGACCUACAUAAAAGCCAACAGCGCCGUCGAGGGAGACACCUUCAUAAAGUGGAUUGCCAAAGGGGUGAUUCUGACUGGAAUGCUGUUUGGCAGGGUGCAUGUUGUCGCCUGGAACAGCUACUUUCCCACCCACACAGAAUUGCUCCUGUGGAGAGUCGCAGCCCUCUACUGUACUUGUUUUCCGUUGGGCCUUUUCGUCUUGUUCUGGAUUAUGGUUAUAUUUGCUAUGCCCUUUAUACAAGCUGGGGCAGCAAAUGGGACUGAUGAAGAGGCGCACACACCAUCUCCUAAAAAGACUCUGGGCUUUAUAGGUGGAUUGAUUAUGUUAUUUAUGUUAAUAAUGGCUUGUAUCCUGUUUUUUGUGUUCGCCUUGAGCUAUCCUGUCUUUGUUCUUGCAAGGUUAUAUAUCCUGGUGGAGAUGUUCAGAACUGUGGCAUUUCAGCCAACAGGUGCGUUUAUUGGCACUUGGGCUGUGAAUAUGCCAAACGUCAACUGA